GCGAGGAUGAGUUUGGAGACACGAAGAUAAAAACAAGAUAGUUUCGUCUAUACAGAAGAAAUAAGAGGGAGAAGAAAAAGCAAAACUGGGCGCUUCCACGUUUCCUGCCCCGACAUCCACAUCAUCCGUGCGUGCGCUUGGCGUUGGCGGCGCUGUCGUAGGUUAUACUGUCCGUGCUGCUGUGUCGUGUCUCGCGCACUGUCACGCAUCGCCUGGUAAGACUUCGCAGAAGAGACGGUUUUCACUGUUUAGUCGGCCGUGAAGGGACUCUCUACGCGGCGAUCACAACGGCGGCAUCAUGUUGUUCCGGUUAAUCAAGUGCGCUUUUCGAUUCUUCAUUUACUUCCUAAUCGUUUUCCUCGCACUGCCGUUCAUCCCCCUUUCCCUGGACUUCGAGCCGGUUGCAUACAAGGUCACACUGCCUGAAUUCAAGGGUGCACUAGCCCCUAACCAGGCAUUGGAUGGUGUCGAGUACCUGUUCCUAAACCAACUUGUGGGGCCUGAAUCUCUUGAAGCGCAUGGAGGCAGCAUCUAUACUGGCGUUGUCGGUGGACAGAUCUUGAAGCUGACCGGAACAAAGAUCGCCCGUGUGGCCAAGUUUGGCAAGCAGUGUGAGGGACCAUGGGAAGAGGGCAUUUGUGGUCGACCACUUGGUCUGCGCUUUGACAAGAAGGGCAAGUUGUACACCAUUGAUGCAUACAGCGGUGUCAGCGUGGUGGAUGUUACAAAGGGCUUCAUCACGCCAUUGGUACCCAAUGGCAUCGAUUUGGAUGGUCAUCCGCUGGCAUUUCCCAACGACCUAGUCAUCGACGCCGAUGACAACAUCUUCUUCACCGAGACGAGCACCAAGUGGCCACUGAAUAAGAUCCUCUACUCAGUGCUCGAGCACGAGAACUCGGGACGUGUGCUCAUGUACGAGGCGAAGACCAAGCGCACCCUCAUCCUGCUCGAAGACCUGCACUGUCCCAACGGCAUCGAGCUGGGCCCGGAUGGUGACAGUAUCAUCAUCGCCGAGCUCACCAUGAACAGGCUGCUCAGAUACUACUACCGGGGUCCACACAAGGGCGACCUCAACAUCUUUGCGGACAACCUGCCAGGAGAGCCAGACAACAUUCGACGCACGCCACGCGGCGGCUACUGGGUGGCCUUUGCGUCAGGCCGCUCACGCGACAAGCUCUCAGUGAUGGACCACCUGUCCGCAUACCCACUGGUGCGCAAGUCAGUCGUGCGUCUCCUCCACCUGCUGGGAUCGGCCCUCAAGUAUGCAUCCACCUUUUACAACUGGGUGCCUCUAAAAGAUGUAGCGUCUAGGAUCGACAACGGCUGGAUCCUGUAUGAGGCAGUUCCCAAGUACGGCCUCAUUGUGGAACUGGACGCAUCGGGCAAGCCUAUUCGCAGCCUACACUCACCCGCGGGCAAGAUCCACCUCAUCUCCGAAGUCCUCGAGCACGGUGGACACCUGUACCUCGGAUCCUUCCGGAACCGUUUCAUCGGACGACUCUUGGCGCGGAGGCGGAGAGUCCGGGUGGAAGAGGGGGGUGACAUUUCUGGAGAGGAGACGCUUGUGGGAGGGAGGAUCAGUUUUCCUUCCUCCAGCGCCGCUGCGGUGUUAUCUCUCGCCCCUCAAACCGGUCGCUGUAGCACAUCCUCACCUCACGUACCUGCGCGCGCCACGCCGCCCGCCGGUCUCACGGUCAAACGCCAGAACGACAGCCGCAAUUGCGCUCAAGGUACACGCACGGAGGAAUCAAGUGGUUGCUCAGCAGCUGACAAGAUGGUCACGCGGACUUUCAAACCGAUAUUCAAGAUCACCGUGUACGUGCUAACGUUUGUCCUCAUCCUGCCCUUGAUUCCUAUGGCGUUGGACUUCGAGCCUAACGAGAACACGGCUGGCGUGCAAGACUUAAAAGGGCCUUUAGAACCGAACGAUAAACUAGACCAUGUUGAGUACCUCUUCAAAGAUAAACUUCGUGGACCUGAAUCACUGCCCGUGUACAAAGGUAGCAUUUACACUGGGACUGAGGGAGGCGAGAUUUACAAGAUCACUGGCAAUAAGGUGACACUCGUCACCAAGUUAGGCAAAAAAUGUGAGGGCUUGUGGGAAGAGGAAGUGUGCGGUCGGCCACUCGGAAUGCGGUUUAACAAAGACGGACGCCUUUUUGUUAUCGAUGCUUACUAUGGACUGUACGCCGUCAACGUGGAGACUGGUUCUGUACAGCACCUUCUGCCGUCUAGCACUGAAAUUGAAGGAAAGAAAAUUGUGUUCGGCGAUGACAUUGAUAUCGAUGAUGACGGCUAUGUGUACAUCAGUGAAGCGAGCAACAAGUGGCCCCUGAAGAAGAUUAUCUACACUGUCCUUGAGCACGAGAACACUGGCAGAAUUCUCAAGUUUGAUCCCAAGACGCAGAAGACGACUGUGUUGAUGAAGGGCCUGCACCUUCCCAAUGGAGUCCAGAUUUCCCAUGACAAGAAAAGCCUCCUGGUGUGCGAGCUGUCCAUGAAUCGCAUCCUAAGGUACCACCUCAAAGGUCCAAAGCAGGGUCAGACAGAGGUGUUCGUUGACAACCUUCCAGGCUGGCCCGAUAACAUUCGGCCAAGCAAGCGAGGCGGCUACUGGGUGGCAUUUGCGACGGGCCGCUCCUCCAAUGACACAAGCAUCAUUGACUACUUCAUCCCCUUGCCAUUUAUCCGCAAGGCAACCAUCCGCUUUGUCUAUCUUGUUGGAACGGCAUUGAAGACGGCCUCCCGAUUCUACCCUAUGCCCGUCAUUAAUGAUUGGGCAGCUCAGUUUGAGAAUGGAUGGAUUCUUUUCGAGACAGUGCCACAAUAUGGCCUGGUUGUCGAGCUGGCCGCCGAUGGGCGCAUCCUGAGGAGCUUCCACUCGCCCAAGCACAAGGUUCACAUGUUGUCUGAGGUGCUGGAGCACGACGGCUACCUCUACCUGGGCUCCUACCGAAACCCGUUUCUGGGCAGGAUCAAGCUCUAGUCAUUGCACUGCUUAACACACCUGCCCAUCAUCACACCUUCACUCACUCUCCAGAGACACUGGCAACAGCAGUACCAGCAUCCUCCAAGACAUGCACAUACUCGCACCAGUAACUCUGGCACAACGCAGCUCUCCGAAUAUAGAAUACUGGUGCCAUCUACAGGGACACACAUACACAAAAAUGAGAAGCUCGUGAUUAACUAACCAAGUUCAUAGCAGCAUUCAGAUGUUUUAACGGUGCCUUAUGCUCUUUCUGAUAGUUUUUCAUAAUGCUUCCAUCGUUGAUCUAGCUUGGCACAGGUAGUUUGCGUCAUGGGAAGGACACUGCAUUAAGUAGACUGAUCUAGUAGUCAUGUCAUUGUAGGGAGCUUUCAAUGUUUCCUUCCUUCUCAUCUACGUUUGGAGCUGUUUACAGUUACUCAAAGCAACUAUCUCCCUCAGUGUGAGAAACAGUAAACAAGGAAAACCCCUUCAAUUUCAAUCCUUUUUAUGCUGAAAGUGCAGGAUCAUAUGACAGUUGCUUCUGUCAAUACUGGUGCGACGAUCUUCAUAUCAUGCCUGACUAGUAUGCUUAUACCUUUAUAUACCAUGAGUGGGAGUGCGAGCAGCAGAGUGAAGCACGGAUGUUAGAGAUCAAUGGUAGUGCUGCUCUCGACUAAACUAGUCUUUACAGGCUGGACAAGUCUGAUGCAGUGUUAUGACUGCAAAGUGUAAAAAUGAAGAAAGCAGCAGUUGAAGUUUAUGGUGUCUGCCAACACCAAGAAAGAUGCCAGCUAGUCAGCUGAGAUGCCUGAGGGCAUCGCCAUUCGGUCGUCUUGACCUUCAGUGAAUUUGCUUACGUUACUGACGUAUCGCACGAUACUGACAAUUACAAAGUAGCUCUUCCAACAUGCUUUGUCACUGUUCUGCCAUUGUUCUAUUCGAGCUCAAGAAUGUAUGACCAGCAAUGCUGCAUGUAGCGAAGCUCAAGUUUCAGAAUGAAGGACUGCCGUGGCAGUCUUGUUCAACCAUGACACGAACACACAUGCUGCCACAAUGUAAAGCUUGAAGCAGGCAGUUCCUGAUGCUUAGCUCAAAUCUCACUGAGGGGGAAGUAUAGGCCAUGAACUCCUGCACUUGGAAUACGUUUACAGUACAAUAGCGCAACUCUAACAAAGCUAAACUAAAACUGAAAUGCUGGCCACAUAUUUUUAAUACCUGGGUAAACUGGUUACAUGUGGUGCAGAAUGUUAUGUAUGCUUGGUCUAUGUUCUCGGGUCAACUUUCAGGUACUUUGUUUCAUUUGGAGUCGUGUCUGCAGUGAAGUGGAGUUUAUUCAACAUGUACAGCAAAACCUCGCUAACACGUAGUUGGCAGUGAACGUGGAUCAGGUAUGCACUAAGCGAUGUACUAAUUAACCGACAAUGGCAGAUGAGUGGCUAUAGACUUGCUGCCCCCCCCCACUAAAAUGUUCUCACUCACACACAUGCAGAAAAGUUUAAUAUGCGAGCAGGCAGCAUAUAAUCUGAUUUUCACUUGCCGCCGUGGUAGCCUUGCAACGACGAUGUCAUCCUCAAACAUGGCAAGGCUGCGAACCAGUUCCUCCAUCAGGCCCCACUUCUCUGUGAACGCCCUCAUGACGGUCAACGCACUAGCCACGUCAGGUAUAAAAGAGCCGUCAUCCACGUCAUCAUCCUUGAUGAUGUAGAAGCGCUAGUAGCUAUGGGAGCAGGAAACGAGUCAUGGCUGCCAUGUUUUGAUGUUGCCAUCAGUGGUAGCUGCAGUUCGGGAAAGGCCUGUGCACUGCAAUUUCGCUAUCUAUGGUAUGCGUGCACUACAUUUUGCCGAUUCCAUGCUUGUGUGUGCCAACAAAUGAAGUAAAUACUACGCACUAACCGUUUGGCAUCUGUUAAGCGACUACGGCUUAAGCGGUCCGCCAAUACAUAAGGUUCAGUGGCGACAUAGCAGGGAUUCACCGCUACUACAUUUGAACCGGAAUUACUUGAGCGGGUAUGCAUUAACAAGGUUUUACUGUAUAUGGUGGAACUGUACUUCUCACAAAACUGUAUAUUGAAGUAAUAUCCCUGAAAGUGAUUAACUGAGAAUACAGCUCCUGAACUACCUGUUGUCGCUAGUGUUACGUGUAAAUACAGAAGCUUUUGGAAAAUGUGACUGUUGUUCCAUUACUUUUAAACGUAGCUCUUAUGUCUUUCUGCCAAAGUGGCGUACUUCCAUUGCUUGCAACAUCGGCAUUGAGCCAGUUUUGUUAGAGGAAGGAGCAAUUGCCUGAAGCGUGAACAUGAUAGGCCUGAAUGGAAUGCUGCUCUUGUGUAUAUGCUAUGUAUUGUUUAUUGAAAAUGUUGCUUCUAAAACUAUUUCAAGUUUACAACCCUUCUCAGAGGGCUGUUGUAUGUCCGCACUUCUGUGAAAGGCAAGAGUUUACCAAAUAAAAAAAUGUGGUUGAUAAAAUUUUUUGAAAGCCAUACUACACAAAUUAUGGAGAAGUUUCAAGUCUAUCGUACUGCAUAUUCUAAGACUUCCUUAACAUGGCCUGUACAUAUAUGGGAUAUAGUGAUAGGGAAGAGGGUAACAUAGGUUAGUUACUGGGUAUUUUAUAAUGGUUAAUGGUUGUUUGCUAAUUUCUGAACAAGCAUUUUUCUGUGUGCACUUGCACCAGGGCAUUAUAAAUACCAGUCGUUUUCAAAUUUUUUGCGGCUGUUUCACAAAAAGUUCUGGGUUGUGCAGUUUACGGGCAGAUGUUGCAAUAAAAGCAUUCACUUGUGCCAA